AUGGCACCAUCAUCUCCCUCUGGAUCAUCGUCAUCUUCGUUAUGUUACACCAACACUCUUUUGGCUAUGCCUGAUGGUCCUAUACCGGCCGCUCACCCUGAUCUCACCUCGCACACCUCAUCAUUCAUUGGAGGCUACCCGACUUUCCCUGCGCUUCCUUCUGCCGCUUCUAACAAGACAGGCAGCAUGCCCUCGGACAUCAAGUGCGGUGUCUGCCACAAGUCGAUCCCCCUCCUGGCUCAAGUGUAUUGCCCACCCGAGGAUGGGGAGAAUGACCGCACAAUGUAUGUGUUUGCUUGCCCCAAGGUAGGUUGUCAAAAACGUGAGGGAAGUGUGCGUGCAUGGCGAGCCUCGGUCCGCAAUGAGGAGUAUGUAAGAGACGUAGAGGAGAAGCGUAAAAUCGCGGAGAAGGCGGCUGAGGAAGAGCGUGAGCGUGCUAGACAGAACCCUUUUACACUUGGCAGCGAUGGUGCUCAGCCCGCUGGGUCUGCUCUGUUCGGUUCUGGUCAGCCUCUCUUUGGUGCUGCUGCACUCAACCCUUUCGCAGCUCCGUCAGCGUCCACCGAUCCCACCUCGGCGCUCUCUGCCCUCUCUAUCAACGAGGAGGAGGCUGCGCCCAUCAUUGCCGGUCCCUCCAAGACAUUCACUCCUCCCUUACCAGCCUACCACCCCGUCCAGUACCUUUCCACCAUUGAGGAGUACAUUCCCCCGGCAGAGGACGACGUCUCGAUUGCUUCCUCGGAUGACGACGAGACGCCCGAGCAAAAGGCGGAAUGGCACGAAGACGGUUGGGAGAAGAUCUUGCCCAAGCGCACGGACGAAGUGUUUGAGCUUUUCGUCGGUCGGCUCGAGAGUGCCGAAGACGGCAAGAGGCAGGUACUGAGGUACGACCUGGGUGGCCAGCCCUUGCCAUACUCGUCCCAGUCGCCUCUGACCAGAAAGCUUUUCCCCGGUGCGGAGAAGCCUUUGGGGAAGAAUGACGAGUUGGACUUGUCUGCGCUGUACACCGACAAGACUAUCCCCGCUUGCUCGAGAUGCGGCGGCAAAAGGGUCUUCGAGCUCCAGGUCGUUCCUUCCCUCAUCAACAUCCUUCGUCCCCACACUCUCACCACCACCGGCUCUGCUUCUGAAGAGGUUGCGCCUACAGCGAUCUCAGAGGACGAGCGCCGUAAAGAGUUGGCCAAGUUGGCCGCAGGUAUCAAGGAAGAGGGGAACAAGGAGCAGGAUGGAGAGAUGGAGUGGGGAAACAUCAUUGUUUAUGGGUGUGAAAGAGACUGUGUAGGGGUUGGAGAGGAGUGGGUCGGAGUCGAGUGGGAGUCGGGACUGGAGUUGUAG